AUGUGGAAAGAUGAAAACCAUGAAACAAUACUUUAUUAUAAGAAACUUGCUGACAGUAAAAAGCUUGAUUAUAUGAAAAAGUAUCCCAAUUAUGUAUAUAAACUAUUAAAAAAAUGCAAAAAACAUAUAAAGGCCAUUAGUAAAAAUUCAUUGAAGAUUAAUGCAAAGACUCCGUCGACUCUUUCAUUUACUUAUCCUAAAGAAUCUCCUGAUAUAUCAAUUAUCAAUAAAAAUAAUAUUAAACCCCCAAUUCCUUUUAAUGAAUUAAAUUUUGACACUUCUAAGUAUUUUGACGAAAAUAAUAUUAACCUUUCAAUUCCUUUUAAUGAAUUAAAUUUUGACACUUCUACGAAUUUUGAAAAUAAUAUUAACUACCCAAUUCCUUUUAAUGAAUUAAAUUUCGGCUAUUUCGACAAAAAUAUUAAUCGCUCAAUUUCUUUUAAUGAAUUAUAUUCUGACAGAGCUUUUUUAAAUUUUAAUAAUAUAUUCAUGAAUUUCUACUUAGAUAAUCUUUAA